UUUUUUUUUCUCUUUUUUAAAAAUCGAUGUCGCACCAAAGACAGACCUCUGGUGGGUCGUCCUCGUUUGAUCCCGCAGCAGCACAGCAGUAUUAUCAACAGCAGCAACAGGCACAAAUGCAGCAGCCAUAUCAUAUGGGAAUCCCAUCCAUGGGUCACGCACAACCACUUCCACUACAGCAUCAUCAUGACCCAUCAUUGGCACAUCAACAGCCAAUGCAGCCUCAACACCAGCAUUUAUUGCAGUCGUUCUGGAUAAACCAAAUGAACGAGGUCGAAAAUGUUCCUCAUGAUUUUAAGCUGCAUCACCUACCCCUGGCAAGGAUCAAAAAAGUCAUGAAGACAGACGAGGAUGUCAAGGCCAAGAUGAUUUCAGCAGAAGCACCCAUGAUAUUUGAUAAGGGUUGUGAGAUUUUUAUUACAGAGUUGACCCUUCGCGCAUGGAUUCAUGCAGAGGAGAAUAAACGGAGGACCUUGCAGCGUAGCGACAUUGCAGCCGCAAUAACCAAGACCGACAUGUUUGAUUUCUUAAUUGACAUUGUCCCGCGCGAGGAAUACAAGAUGGCAAAAGAACACAAGCCAUCUGCUACCGCGGCAGCAACAGCAGCAGCAGAGCAUCGGCGGAGUCAAGAAUCAUUUCCUUCACUUGGACCUACAGCCCCUCCUACUGGCAGUAGUAGUGGUAUGAAUCCAGGCUUUGAAGGAUAUGGAUACCCAUAUGGAGUUGUUGAAAAUGGAUCCUUUACCAUGGUAAGUGUAUCUGAAGUGUCAAAUGUCCUGUGUCACCAAAAAUGAAACAAGUAGAGAGGAUGCUGAAAAGUUUGACUAUGAAAAUGUAUCUCCAGGGCUCCAGCGAGGCGUUGGACCCAUACCGUCAACAGCAACAACAACAACAGCUUCAACUGCAGUACAUGCGAGCACAAAUGACACAAGGAGGUCAUUCUCAACUACAUCCUCA